AUGGAGAAAAUGGAAAAAAAGACUUCAAAACAAGAAAAGCCUAAGGUAUUCGACUCGCCUGCGACGAAGAAAAAGGUGAUGACACCGUUAAGAUCAGCCCUGCGCAGCUCCAAUGGGCGGAUCGGGAUCUUUCUCAAGAAGAUGCAGGAACUGAGCUAUGAGGACAAGGAAAACCUAUAA